UGAACGGGCGGUUAGUCUUUCCAAACGAGAGAGAGUCGUCGCAGGUCUCCGAUGGCAACGAAGUUCUUUUAGAAGCAAAACUCUGAUCAGCAUUUUUUACUAAUUUAUUCUAAUGAUGGAUAUUCUCAACCAUUAAAUUGUCGUCUUUCGGGUUGAAGUGGAAACUCCUGCAGUUAACGAGCUUUGUGUAUAAUCUCAGGAAGAAGUAUCCAGACAAUAUUGAUGCAUAAUCAUUUCUCUAAUGUUUAUUUUUAGUUCAGGACCUUCUGAGAAAACAUUAUCUGAUGUCAAGAUGAGUGUGAUAGCGUUCACAUGGUUGGUUCUUCAAAUUGCAAUAGUUACGGGAGUGCGUCCAUGUUCGUAUAACGAGUUUUGUAUCAACAUCAGGCAGUGUCCAACCUAUAAACAGUAUGACAACGAACCGUUCCAGAACUGGCCGUCAGAUAUAAAAACGAAGGCCAGGGAAGCGCACUGUAACAGCGAAGUAGUUGGCAACCAGACGAUCGUGAGCAUAUGCUGCCCCUCGGUCAUGAACAGUGAGACUUGUGGGGCUCAGGGAGAUGAUCGUAUUUCCAAGGGCCAGGUGGCGCAGCCAUUUUCGUAUCGAUGGAUGGCCCUGCUACAGAGCGAUAAUGGCCGGUUCGAGUGCGGAGGGACGCUCGUGAGUAGCAGAUACGUCCUCACGGCUGCCCAUUGCCUUAAGCGGGCAAGGAUAAUAUCGGUACGGCUAGGAGAAAACGAUAUCGACAAAAUCGAAGACUGCAUAACUGCGGAUGGCGAAACAAUAUGUGCACCUCCUCCACAGGACAUCCUUGUCGACAGGAAAGUCAUACACCCCAAUCAUACCAAUAGGUACAAACUGAACGAUAUUGCUCUGUUGCGAUUGGCAAGUCCCGCCAUUUUGGGUCAUAGUGUCGCAACGGUUUGUCUCCCCGAUGGAACUCCGGAGCAGCGGAAGCUAAAACCAUGGAGCUACAUUGUGACAGGCUGGGGAAAGACUGAAAACGGAACUUCGUCGAGUGUGCUGCGAUUUGCAGAUCUUCCCUCGGUGCCGUUAGAGACAUGUUCCGUCAUGAUUCGAAACAUCCAUUCGACCAUCAGGCUGGACGAGAGUCACGUUUGUGCUGGUGGUGUAGACCUGAAGGAUCACUGCAAGGGGGAUUCCGGAGGUCCUUUGCAUUACGUUUCGAACACUACGGCCCGAUUCGUCCAGCAGGGUGUGGUUGCAUUUGGUAUCAGGACUUGCGGAGAGGAGAGUAAACCAGGCGUUUAUACCAAUGUAGGGCAUUUCAUCAGUUGGCUGGUUCAACACGUUGAUGAGUAAAGUUACCGACGAGCAUUUCCAGCUCUGAACACAAAUUGCGUAGAUGUUACCAUUUCUGAAUUGAUUCCUACAACAAGUUUGCUGAUUUUUCAGAUUAAGAUUUCAAAAAAGCCUGUCGAAUGUUGUGUUUUUUACUCGAAAAUGAUGAUUUUGAUUAAAAUGGCAUUGUUGGAAAAUGUUCAGUA